AACAGACAUUCGUAUCACAUCUGAUCUUCUACGCGCAAUUCUUGUGCUAUGAACGCACCGAGCAGUCAAAUCGAGACCAGCUCCAAUGCCACGACGACUGCCAUUCAAAGCCAUUCUGGUGUCGGCGUGAGCUCAGAGGAUCCGCAGGACCAUGCAGGGACGCCCCAUAUUCCAGAAGACGAAUCCGCUCAAGACACCAAGACUCGCCCGAAGAAACGAGCCAAGAAGUCUACUGACAAGGUUGCGAGCAGUUCGAAACGAACCGGUCACACUGGUGGACGGAAGGUCAUUGGUCGUCUGAGUGCCCUACUCGAUAUUUCUUUGGACAUUCUCUAUGAGGUACUGGGUCAUCUGCUGCCUGCAGACCUCAUCAGCCUAUCUCGCGUCUCAAAGUCGUUCCGAAAUGUUCUCCUGUCUCGUAGCUCGCUAUUUGCGUGGAAGGCAUCGUUUGGUAACAUUCCAGAUCUGCCCGCUUGUCCUGACGACGUCCCGCUUCCUGUGUGGGCAAAUCUCGUCUGGGGAGGCGUCUACUGUCACUGCUGUGGCAACAAACGCGUUAUGAAAAUCGAUUUUCUACUACGACGACGAGUAUGUUCUGGCUGCUUGAAAGAAUAUAUUUGCGACCGCCCUGCUGCAAUCUUUGCCUUAGCUCCGGAAAUACCAGCGAGCUUGCGUGACUGUAUACCAUAUACACUUGAGGUUACGAAGCAGUAUUCUCACCGUAUAUGCUGGAACGAAGAUAUUCUAGCCUUCAAGGCAGACUUUCAGACCAUGCAGAAGACUACCAAACAAGGUGAUCAACAAGCCGCCCUCGCAGAGUUCAAACAGGCCAAGCUCUCAGAGCUCCAAGCUAGAAAGGACGUGGCACGGUCCUGGUCGGACUGGAUAUCUCGAAACGCAGCGGAGAAGGCAGACAAGCGCGAAGCCAAGAAAGCAGUUCGCAGAGCCGAAGUUCUCAGACGUUGCAUUGAACUGGGCUACGAAGAGGCCGACUGUCAGGACGCACUACGGCACCAUUCCGUCAACACUGAGGCCAAGUUAACAGAAAAAGGAUGGGGAACUAUUCUCCCCCAAAUUCUCCCCCUCAUCACGGCUGCCAAUCUCGCUAGGCUUGAACGAGAACGAGAAGGGCGGGAGAAAACUCGAUCCAAAGCGGUGUAUGCUGCGUACUACGAUAUCCUCCGGUCUCUGUCACCUUCUGCCCUUGAGCUCUCCUGUCUCCUCGGCGAGGAAGACUUCCGCUCUCUGCCCGAGAUAGAUGCACUCGUGGUCGACGACACGGAGGACACAGAAGAACGAAUAGCCCAGAUCAAAAUCGUCUCCACGUCCCUUAUACCCAAAUUAUCUGCUCUGGCCCAUCACCGACAGGAGGCCAUUUUCGCUCUGAUGCAAGACACCUCUGAACCCGUCAGUCAUCCUGCUCCCUCAAUUGGGUCUGCUCCCCUUGGACGAUUCCAGCUUGCCACAUCCAUAUUCGUUUGUGGCGCUCCAGGAUCACCUUCUUCUUCGGCUUCACCACUUCACGGUCUCCAAGUCUUUGGACAUACAUGCAAAUCCUGCAUACUCGACUCGGCUAGCACGACGAACGGACUUGCCUUCGAUGCAAUCUUCCCACGUUUCAGCGAGAAGGGAAAAGAUGUAGUCGUCGCUAUCCUAAACCGCUUGGGCUUGGACGAGAAAUCUACCACUUGCAUAGAGUUGGAACGGCUCGAUAAACGUUUUGUUUGUAUUGACUGUCCUAUCAAGCAUGAAGGCGAAGAGUGGGGACAAGAUGGCCCGCUCGGGAGAAAGGCUAGGACUUGGUGGGGUUUGCUCGAACAUAUCCUUCAAAGCAACUCCAAGACUCCAGAUUCCCACGUCGGUUCCUCCUUCUACGUGCUCUCUGACACUGAGGCAAUCACCAUCAAGUCUCGCGAGCGGAGCGGCCCCAUAUUUAGAAUUCUUGAAUCCAUGUCGCAGUUUGGGUGCUACCAUUGCGACAUUCACUACCGUGAUGCUACUCUUCAUCCGAACUCAUUCGAAGCAAGGUUUGGGCGAGAGCAAAACAGGGUAGCGUAUCUGGGGCGAGAUGCUAUGAUCACACACAUAAAGGCUGUACACAAUCCACGAUCCCCGGAUGCAUCGUGACUUCUUUCCUGAGCCUCGGGACCAGUAUCCUAGACCACAAGGAGUAUGGUUUGGAAUGACAAGUUAAAUACCACACCCCCGGUCGUGUGGAAUGCAUGCGGUUAUGCGGUAGACUCUGACCAGUCUUUAUUUUCUCUUUCUCUCUGUUUCGGCCGUGACGGUCUUGUCCGCUAUUGCACUUUCUUCCCUCUGAAAGGUAGAUCUUCCGGGAGAGGGCGUCUCGCUCUUCGUUUCUCUUCUUGCGCCUGCUACACAGAAACAAUGGCCCCCCUUGCAUUUCUCGGUGUUCCUCUACAUCCUCCAUACCUCGCUUGUUGGCUUUGGACUCUAUCUUCUUGCCCAUACGAAUGUCUCGGACAGUCGACUACUGGUCGUUCUGACCUCAUCCGUAACGUCCUUCUAAUCGUUACCCUCUCAUCCUAUUAUAAUCCUGCACUUUCAUGUACCAUACCUACCCAUAGAUUCAGCUUUCCUGGCCGUUGCCGAUUCUCUGCCACUCUCUUGCCCAUACACCUAUUGCAUGUCCCGUAUCCCGCCUUUAAUUUCGGUCUUUUUGUUGCAUUUCUCGUUCGAUUCAAGACUGAUUACCCUUC